AAAACCUUGAUGUCUGGGUUCCCUCUGAAUGCGGGUGUUUGCAUCAGGGUACUCCAGGAUCUUUAGUGUCUUUAGAUUACAAUUUGCAUAAACUAAAUACGCUUCUCAGGGCAAAGUUGCUGCAUCCGAGACCCGAAAGGAGGAUGUAGCAUAAGCAAACCAACCGCAGUUUUCUUUUAAUGCCUUGAGAAUAAGCCAAGGACCCUGCCCUACUACUGCGUGAUGUGGGCUUGAGGGCACAUGCUAGGGAGGAGCCCCCACGAUUCGUUUGUUGCAAUUCUGUUGAGAGUAUCCAUGCUUUCAGAAGACUUUUUUAAAUAAGAUAGUCUGAUCUGCUUAUUGCUGGAUAAAAAUAAGUAAAUAAAAAACGCAGAAAGCAUCUUGUUAUUUCUAUUGCAAGGAAUUUGUAUACGCUCAGGGGCAGAGGCGUUUGUUGGCAUCCUUUCUACAUCAAAGUAAGGAAGAGUGAAGCUUGCAGCAUAUGCUUGAAACAGACCAGCGCCAGUGACAGCUAACUCGUGAACCACGGAUCCAAGCGAAGGAGGGCUUUAAAAGGGAACAUUUUGUACCUCAGUCUCCCUUUCCUACUAUACUCUAAAGAUGUCAUCUCAAGCUAAAUUCAAGAAAGACAAAGAGAUUAUUGCCGAAUAUGAAACACAAGUCAAAGAAAUCCGGGCUCAGUUGAUGGAGCAGUUCAAAUGCCUAGAACAGCAGUCUGAGUCACGCCUGCAGCUCCUACAGGAUUUACAAGAAUUCUUCCGCCGAAAAGCAGAGAUUGAACUUGAGUACUCCAGAAGUCUUGAGAAACUUGCAGAAAGAUUCUCCGCCAAGAUCCGCAGCUCAAGAGAGCAUCACCAAUUUAAAAAGGACCAGCACCUCUUAUCACCUGUGAACUGUUGGUAUCUGAUACUUAAUCAGACCCGUCGGGAGAGUAAGGAUCAUGCAACACUCAAUGAUAUCUAUCUGAAUAAUGUUAUUAUUCGCCUAAGCCAGAUCAGUGAAGAUGUCAUCCGGCUGUUUAAAAAGAGCAAAGAGAUUGGACUUCAGAUGCAUGAGGAGCUACUCAAGGUCACCAAUGAACUAUACACGGUGAUGAAAACAUACCAUAUGUAUCAUGCAGAGAGCAUCAGUGCGGAGAGCAAACUGAAAGAGGCUGAAAAGCAGGAGGAAAAGCAAUUCAGUAAGACAGGAGACAUCAAUGUGAACCUACUUCGUUAUGAAGAUCGACCACAGCGGCGGAGCUCUGUUAAAAAAAUUGAGAAGAUGAAAGAAAAGAGACAAGCCAAGUAUUCUGAAAACAAACUGAAAUGUACAAAAGCCAGAAAUGAUUAUUUGCUGAACUUAGCCGCAACAAAUGCUGCAGUUAGUAAAUACUACAUCCAUGAUGUCUCAGACUUAAUAGAUUGUUGUGAUUUAGGUUUCCAUGCCAGUUUGGCUCGGACUGUCAGGACUUACCUCUCUGCAGAAUACAACUUGGAAACAUCACGACAUGAAGGACUGGACAUUGUUGAGAAUGCAGUGGACAACCUAGAUGCCAGGAGUGACAAGCACAAAAUAAUGGACAUGUGUAAUAUGGUCUUCUGUCCGCCUUUGAAGUUUGAGUAUCAGCCACACAUGGGGGAUGAGGUGUGCCAGGUAAGCGCCCAGCAACCCGUGCAGACAGAGCUCCUCAUGAGAUACAAUCAGCUACAGUCCCGACUCACUACACUUAAGAUCGAGAAUGAAGAGGUGAAAAAGACUCUUGAUGCAACAUUACAAACGCUUCAGGACAUGUUAACAGUGGAAGAUUUUGAUGUGUCUGAUGCCUUCCAGCACAGUCGAUCCACAGAGUCAGUGAAAUCUGCGGCAUCAGAAACUUAUAUGAGUAAAAUAAACAUUGCAAAGAGGAGAGCCAAUCAACAAGAGACAGAAAUGUUUUACUUCACGAAAUUCAAGGAGUACUUAAAUGGCAGUAACCUCAUUACAAAGCUGCAAGCAAAGCAUGAUUUGUUAAAACAGACACUUGGAGAAGGGGAAAAAGCUGAAUGUGGAACGACAAGGCCCCCAUCUCUUCCCCCCAAACCACAGAAAAUGAGGAGACCUAGACCACGGUCAAUCUAUAAUCAUAAACUGUUUAACGGCAAUAUGGAAACGUUCAUUAAGGAUUCAGGUCAGGCCAUUCCACUUGUUGUAGAAAGCUGUAUUCGGUACAUCAACUUGUAUGGUCUUCAACAGCAAGGCAUCUUCAGAGUUCCUGGUUCCCAGGUUGAAGUCAAUGAUAUCAAGAACUCGUUUGAGAGAGGUGAAGAUCCACUAUCUGAUGAUCAGAACCAGCAUGAUAUUAAUUCUGUUGCUGGUGUUCUGAAGCUCUACUUUCGGGGCCUGGAAAGCCCUCUCUUUCCUAAGGAAAGGUUUCUAGACUUAAUAUCCGUUGUCAAAACGGAGAGCUCUGUUGAAAGGGCACACUACAUCCAGCAGGUUAUCGUAACGCUACCAAGAGCCGUCAUCAUCGUUAUGAGAUAUCUUUUUGCCUUCCUAAACCACUUGUCUCAGUACAGCGAUGAGAACAUGAUGGAUCCAUACAACCUGGCGAUCUGCUUUGGCCCAACUCUAAUGCCCAUUCCUGAUGGGCAAGAUCCUGUUUCUUGUCAGGCACAUGUUAAUGAGAUCAUCAAAACCAUAAUCGUUCACCAUGAAACUAUCUUUCCAAGCUACCGGGAGCUGGAGGGUCCUGUAUAUGAGAAAUGCAUGACUGGAGGGGAGGAAUACUGUGACAGCCCUCACAGUGAACCUGGUACCAUUGAUGAAGUAGACCAUGACAACGGUACAGAACCACACACUAGUGAUGAUGAGGUGGAACAGAUUGAAGCAAUAGCCAAGUUUGAUUAUAUUGGUCGAUCUCCAAGAGAGCUGUCCUUCAAGAAAGGGGCAUCACUACUCUUGUACCAUCGUGCCUCAGAAGACUGGUGGGAGGGUCGCCACAAUGGGGUGGAUGGCCUCAUACCUCAUCAAUACAUUGUUGUGCAAGACAUGGACGAUGCAUUUUCUGACAGUUUGAGUCAAAAGGCAGAUAGUGAGGCAAGCAGUGGACCUCUGCUGGAUGAUAAAGCCUCAUCUAAGAAUGACAUCCAGUCUCCAACAGACCAUGUCCCGGAUUAUAGCUUUAGCGGAGUUAUGGGCAGGGUACGCUUAAGGUCUGAUGGAGCUGCUAUUCCUCGACGAAGAAGUGGGGGUGACAUGCACAGCCCAACUAGAAUAACCAGUCCGGCAAUAGACACUCCUCCUAGAGCAUCUGCCUGUCCAAGCAGUCCACAUAAGAUAUCGAUCAACAGAGGAAGGAUCGACAGCCCAGAAAAACGGAGGCUGGCAACAUUCGGCAGUGCUGGCAGUAUCAAUUACUCGGAUAGGAAACCCUUGCCUGAUGGACAUCCUCUUAGACCUGUUCCUGGUGCAACACGUCACAGCAGCCUUGGAGAUCACAAAUCUCUGGAAACAGAAGCAUUAUCAGUGGAUAUAGAGAAGACCAUGAGCACAGCACUGAAUGAGCUGCGAGAACUAGAGAGGCAAAACACUGUGAAGCAGGCACCAGAUGUUGUACUUGACACACUGGAACCAAUGAAGAACCCUCCACUUGGUUCAGUGAACUCAGAACCAGCUAGUCCACUUCAUACUAUCAUGAUUCGUGAUCCUGAUGCCGCCAUACGACGCAGUAGCAGUUCCACCACAGAAAUGAUGACCACUUUUAAGCCUGCCCUUUCUGCACGGCUUAUAGGAUCCCAGCUUAGACCUCCUCCAAUGAGGCCUGUCAGACCAGCAGUACAGCACCGAUCUAGUAGCAGUAGUAGCUCAGGAGUGGGCAGUCCGGCUGUGACACCAACAGAAAAGAUAUUCCCUACCAGUUCCACUGACAAAUCUGGCACUAUGUAAAACCAAACAACUUUUCUUUAAGCAUGGCCUUCAUGAACAACACCUGGAUCUUCUUCCUGCAGCUGUCAUGUAGAACAGCCCCAUCAUUCCUUUCAUGAGCAGACGGAGCAGCUGCAGUGCCAAGUUCUAAUUAACAACUGUUAGCAAGGGGGCUGCUGAUCUUUUAAAGUUAACGACCAUCUGCAGCUCUAAGACUGUUGUGCACAUAAUUACAGCUAACACUGAAGUAAAACUGUCAUCUGGGGCAAUGAUGUGCUACUCACAGCACACCACUGGAAUAUAAAUAAAACUCACUGAGUCUCGGAGCUUUUUUUGGAUGGAACCUCAGAUUCUUAGACCAGGCAUUAUUAGUGCAAACAGUAUAUACAAGUGUUUCCAAAAAUGUUGUCACAAGAUGGCAAACAAUAUAUAUAUAUAUGUAUACUAAUAUGUCUUGCUUGCUCAACUGCUGGUCCAGAGAAAGAGGUAAACAGCAGUGUGUGUGUGGGGGGGGGCUGGGUUUACUUGAUGGAAUGGACAGACAUUUUAUCUAUAAGAAGCUGAAACCUCUCGUUAUCAGUCUUGUGGUGUACAUAGACAUAGAAAAAAAACAGUUCAGUCCUUCCCUGUUUGAAUGUAGAAUAAGGAAUUCUAAGUAUGUAAGCCACAACAUAGCA